AUCGUUAGGAGAGGGUCCAGUCGGUUUUUCUGUCUGCCAGCGGGCAGCUAAAAUGUUGGCCAUCCUGUGGGUGCUGCUUUUAUUCCUUUGUGUCCCGGUCAGCGGCGUUUUUCAGAAACUUUACUGUACCAUAUCAGACAGCUGUGACUGCGACUUCAAGCCCAAUAUUAGAGACUUGGAGUGGGACCUCUACAAGAAUGUCUACGGACAACACCUGGCCCAGGACAUCGUGUCAGAGGAGGUGGCAAGGUUCCUUCAGAAUAAAAGCCCCGAUCGGCCCCUGGUACUGUCCUUCCAUGGCUCGUCUGGGACAGGAAAGACAAUGGUCAGCUCCAUGCUGGGAAAUCAUCUGUAUGGCUCAGCCAUGAGCAGCCCAUAUGUGCACCAGUUUAUUCCCACGCUGCACUUCCCCUUACCUCGACGGGUCAGUGAGUACAGGGAGGAGUUGAAGAGCUGGGUGAAGGGGAACCUGACGGAGUGUGCUCGCUCUGUCUUCAUUUUUGAUGAAAUGGAGAAGAUGCCCCCAGACCUCGUCGAUGUCCUGGAACCCUUCCUGGGUCCUUCCCAUGUUGUGUUUCGCACCAACUACCGCAAGGCUAUCUACAUCUUCAUCAGCACCGCAGGAGAGGAGGUAAUAAACAAAGUGGCUCUGGAGAACCGUGAGGCUGGACGGGACAGAGAGGAGAUCAAGUUGGCCGACCUGCAGGAAGCCAUCGCACAGGCAGUUUUCAACAACAGCACAAGUGGCUUCUUCCAGUCCAGCAUCAUCCAGCAGAAGCUCAUCACCUGCUUCGUUCCCUUCCUGCCUCUGAGCCGACGCCACGUCGAGCGCUGCGCCCGCUCGCAGCUCUGCCAGCAGGGCAGCUGCGGCCGCACUGAUGUGAUGGAGGCAGUAGGGGAACAUAUGAUCUACACUCCGGUCCAAGGACAGUACUUCUCCACUACUGGAUGUAAGGCCGUCCCUGCCAAAAUUAACCUCUUCCUGUGAGCUGAAGGGGGGGGAACUGUGUGUUUGGAUUUUGAAGGACUGAAAGGGAAACUCCUUCUGAGGUGAGUCACUGAAAAAACAAAAGAACUCUGAGUCUGUUCUGAGCUUCUGCUGCAUGGAGGUCAGAGGUCAGAGAUCAGAGCAGCGUAUCUGAGAUGCUGCUCAGAGAUUCAGAGUCAAGGAUCUAAGGGAAUCUGACUCAUAACGCUCUGGAUUCAAAGCGGUUUUGUGCUGCAGGUGCUGAGUUUCCCUGAAGACGUUGGUCCUCAGCAGCCAGCACACGUCCAUCUGUGAGCACAGGAGAGAUUAUUCCCUGAGCUUUGUUCAGUGUCUGAACCAGGAGUCGUGCCACACUCUACCUCAAACCAAACUCUACCUUUAAUUUAUGAACUUUGAGUUGGUACAGUGUGGUGUUAGAUUUCAGAGGCUGCAGCUGAUGGUCAUUACUUAAUUUUUUAAGUUUUUUUUAAGCCAAUUUUUAAAAAUUAUUUAUCGAGUCUUAAUUUAUCUUUUUCUCCACACCACCCUCCUUUCACAUUCACUCAGUCACUCCUGGAAACCUCUGGAAGAUCCUAGCUGGAGGUUUGGUGCCUUGCUCAUCUGUGGCUAACAGCAAUCGAAAGGAGCUUGGUCUCUUUUAAACUGAUGUUGAUUUUUUUUUUUUGCUUUGUCUUCUUAGUUGUUUGUAGUUUCAGAGUCUCACUAAAAAGGAUCACAGGUUCAACAUUUCCAUAAAGAAUUUCUUGUUUUUUUUGUCUGAUUUUAAUUUGAAAUCCUGCGAGCAGUAGUAAAAGACUUUGAGGUAACUGUAUCUCCAGAAUGUCAGCUUUAUCUAAAGAGAGUUGGAACUCACUCAACAUGAAAAUAUAAAAAUGAAAAAAACUAAACAAAACAAAAAACCACUACAAUAAGAAAUAUAAGGAUUCCUCGUUGAGUGUUUGGAAUGUAAUUCUGUCAGACUAAAAAAUCCAAGAGAGCAACCUAAACUUCAACAAACUACAAUAAUGCUGAUGAUAACAGCGACCAGUAAAAGUACUUUAUAAAAGAACUCAGAUCCCUGAAUACAUCCAACUUAUGACUUCAUUUAGUGGCUUUUUGUUUUAAUCUAAACAAUCACAGCAUCCAACGUGUUACACCAAGCUACAUCCAGUAUGAGCUGAACAUGCACACGUCUGUAAGUGCUCUUCCUGGUUGUUUUGGGAAUGAAAAAUAUAUCAGCCAAUCUGAGGUCCUGCUGCAUGAGUGCCAAAAGAAAGAAAGAAAGAAAGAAGGAUCCGAACACUGAUUUUACUUGAAAAUAUCCUGCUUUGCUGCUUUUUAAAAGACCUGAUGCUGUAGUUUGGGAGCACAUGACCACUUCUGCCAUUAGGUGGCAGUAAAGACUCAUUAUACCGAGCAUGAAGAGGUGAAGCAGAGUUCAGCUGCAGCUCAGUGCUUUUUAACUCAUUUACUCCCAUGUAAGCGAGUUCUGUAAAUUUGUUUUAUUUUGUUAAUUUACUGUAGAAUACACACUCGAAGUGCACUUUACUUUUAUGGAGGAUAAAAUGGACCUGAUGGAUUAUUCAGAUAAAGAAGUUUGUGGAGGCAGCGUGUGAUAAUAAGUCAGGGUGCAUUUGCCAAAAUGAAUACUUUUAUUAUGAAGUCUGAAUUUUUAAUUACACCUAAUUAAUAAUUGUAAAUCAUUUUUAUCCUCACCCACACUCCUCUUAAAUGAUGGCUGUGUGAAGAAUUGCAGCCACAAGUCAGAAAGUUAAAGUGCAGUGAAAACCAAGCUUAAUUAAAUUUACAGGUUUGGUACAUGAAGACGAAUUUGUCUCUUCGGUCCGUGUUGUCAAAAGGUUGAAGCAGUCCACUGAAGAUUGAUUCAUUUUCCAAGUGAAACCAUCAGUUUUCAGACUGAUUUCCCUCCUUCCAGCAGCCAGUGGCUCCAGUUCAUCUCUACCAACCUUCAGAGACUUGAAAGUUGUUUAGCCUGUGUCUUAAAUGUCCUUAUGACUGUGCUGUGCUGAACACAGAGAGGGCUGCCUGUGAACCUCCACCAGACUCCAGGCAGAUAUCACUCAUUUUUUUGCAUGCCCUCAGAGGACAGGCAGUUAGUGUUUUACAUCUAUAAUCAGUGUUAUUAGACUCUUUCCCUGCUACGGUAAACAACAUAAUCAGCAUCCUUACAACAGUUACAACCAGAAGCGUCUGUUGUUUUUGUGUUUGUGGAUGAUUCUGGCAUCUUCCUGUGUUCUUUGACCAAUGAGUUUCCAGUUUCAGCCGUUGAAAGUGCUGCUGAUUGAAGCUUCCUGAGGCAAAAUGCAGCUUCUGCUGUGACAGUGUUCUGUAAAAAUAAAUUUUUCAUUGACAACUAAGUGUUCUGUGCUUUCUGAGACCCGUUUAUCAGCUGCAAGAUGUUCGUCUUCACAGAUCUGUUCAUCACC